UACUCUGGUUAGCUUAAUAUUAGGCUGUUACAGCUGGUAUCUUGCUACAACUCAGAACAUUCCAUUAUAAAGCUAAAAAGACUCCUCGGGAGGAGCUAGCCGGCGCCUUACAAACAAGAAUGACAGAGGGAACGUCGUCAGACACAGCAUCUUUCGGUUCAACAAACCCCGUAGAUAAGUCUAAUAUUAUUUAUUAUUAGCGAAGGCCGACUCAUUCCAGCACCCUAACAGGUACGCGGAUGCCUCGGGAUGGGAUAGAAAGUCCCCGGUUAUUUAAAUCUAGUACAGGCCAGUUAUGCUAAUUUGAAAAUUAGGACACACUGGAGCAAAAGUGGGAGGCAAAAUGGGAUUCCUGCACCAGCUCCAUCUCCUGCUGUGGAAGAACAUCUCUCUGAAGAGGAGGGGACCGUGGGUGCUGGCCUUUGAGAUCUUCAUCCCACUGGUCCUCUUCUUCAUCCUUCUGGGUCUUAGGCAGAAGAAGCCAGCCAUUCCUGUCAAGGAAGCCUUUUACAGCGCAGCCCCACUCACCUCAGCUGGCAUCAUUCCCAUCAUGCAGUCGUUGUGCCCAGAUGGACAAAGGGAUGAAUUUGGUUUCCUGCAGUACAAGAACUCCACCGUGACCCAGCUGCUGGAACGGAUCAGUGAAGUGGUUGAACAAAAUCGACUUUUCACGUCUGACCGACCUGGUUUAGGUCAAGAGUUGGAGACCCUGCAGCAGCACCUGGAGAGUCUCAGCUCCACCCCUUUACCACCAGACUACAAGUUCAACAAGAGCCAAGGCUUCACACUGGCCAGUGUGCUGAAGAGUCAGUCGGCUUUCCAUCAGUUCCUGGUCAAGAACCUUUCUCUCUCCAACUCCACAACCAGCUUGCUGCUCAACAUCCCAGUCAGCGUCAGAGAGGUGUACAAUCUUAUCUUUGGUACAUCUCUCAGAGAUGGGGGAGGGGCCCAAAGUUGGAUUCAGGGGACAAAAGACAGCAGACAAAAACCUGGAGAUAGAGUUCUUCAUCUGGAGGAGAAGCUGCUGGGAGAUGUACACAGUCUGGAUGGAGGUCUGAUAUACAAAGCUUUAUGGGACUCAACAAAAGCAGCCCACAGGCAGGCUCUGCUCAAACUAGUGUCCCAGGCUUUAGGCCUCACUGAAGCCACAGGAAACAAGGGCAAUGACCAGCAGGGCCUGAAGGAAGUGGAGGGGAUCCUCUUGACUGGAGCCAUGUUGGAGACCCUCACCUGUGGGGAGGGAGGGACCAGUGAGCUCAGUAACAUCCUUUUGGUGCCUGAGAAGCAGCAACCAGUGCUGCAGGCCUACCGCAGUGCACUGUGCAGUGGAGGGGAAGGUCAAAGGUCAGAGCGCUUCAGGCAGAUGAGCGUUGAGUUGAGAGAGCAGAUCAACACACAGAGUGUCACUGAAAAGCUUCACCUGGAGCAACCCAGCUCUUGGGUUCCUCUCUCUCAGUCCCACCUCGGGGCUUUAUUGAAGGACCUGGCCGAUGUAGAGAGGCUUCUCAAGGAUGUGGACCUGCUCUCUGGCCUGGCCCGGUUGUUGCCCAAAGGAGCCUGUAGUGGUCGAUCUCCAGCCUCCCCUACAAAUAUGACCUGGCCCCUUAAUGCCACCACUUGGGGCCCCAACACAACUGACAUCCCCAGAGAGGAGGAGGAGAAAGGAUCAGAGGGAGGAGGGAGAGUAAGAGGAGGGAAAGGGAAGGAGGAAGCAGAGAAUCCUCAUUCUCAGUUUUCAGCAUUUGUACAACUGUGGGCUGGACUGCAGCCGAUUCUGUGCGGGAACAACAGGAUCAUUGAACCAGAGGCUUUGAAGCAAGGGAAUAUGAGUUCUUUGGGAUUCACCAGCAAAGAACAAAGGAAUCUGGGCUUACUGGUUCAUUUGAUGACUACAAAUCCCAAGAUCCUCUACUCUCCCAUUGGUUCUCAGGUGGAUAAAGUGAUUCAGAAGGCAAAUGAGACAUUUGCAUUUGUUGGGAACGUGACACACUACACGCGAGUGUGGCUGAACAUCUCCGCCCAGCUCAGGACUUUUCUGGAGGAGGGCCAGCUGCACAGCCACCUGGUGUGGCUACAGCAGCUGUCCUCAGAGCUUCAGCAGCACCCUGAGCUGUUGAAUGGUACAGACACUGAGCUGGUGCAGGGUCUGAUGGAAGGAAACUACAGUCUUCCUAACACCUCCACCCUGCUGGAACAGCUGGACACCAUAGACAAUGCUGCCUGUGGCUGGACACACUUUAUGUCUAAGGUCAGUGUGGAUGUCUUCAAGGGCUUUCCAGAUGAGGACAGCAUUGUCAACUACACCCUGAAUCAGGCUUACCAGGACAAUGUGUCUGUGUUUGCCAGUGUGAUUUUCCAGACUAAUAAAGAUGGCUCCCUGCCACCCCAUGUUCUGUACAAAAUUAGACAAAAUUCCAGCUUUACAGAGAAGACCAAUGAAAUUAGACGGGCCUACUGGCGUCCUGGGCCCAACACUGGGGGAAAAUUCUAUUUCCUCUAUGGUUUUGUUUGGAUCCAAGAUAUGAUAGAGAGAGCCAUCAUCAAUACCUUCGUGGGCCAUGAUGUGGUGGAGCCUGGUAACUACGUUCAAAUGUUCCCCUACCCAUGUUACACCAGAGACGAUUUUCUGUUUGUGAUUGAGCACAUGAUGCCUCUGUGCAUGGUGAUCUCCUGGGUUUACUCAGUAGCCAUGAUGAUUCAGCACAUUGUGGCUGAGAAGGAGCACCGGCUCAAAGAGGUGAUGAAGAUGAUGGGUUUGAACAAUGCAGUCCACUGGGUAGCCUGGUUUAUCACCGGUUUUGUCCAGUUGUCCAUCUCUGUCACUGCUCUGACGGCCAUCUUGAAGUAUGGCCGGGUGUUGCUCCACAGCAACCCCUUCAUCAUUUGGCUCUUCCUCACCAUCUACGCCGUGGCCACCAUCAUGUUCUGUUUUUUGGUGUCAGUGAUCUACUCUAAGGCCAAGCUGGCCUCAGCCUGCGGAGGAAUCAUCUACUUCCUAAGCUAUGUACCCUACAUGUAUGUGGCCAUUAGGGAGGAGGUGGCCCAUGAUAAGAUCACUGCCUUUGAGAAGUGUAUCGCUUCUCUGAUGUCCACCACAGCCUUUGGCCUGGGCUCCAAGUAUUUUGCACUGUAUGAAGUUGCAGGUGUUGGCAUCCAGUGGCGGACCAUUAGCCAGUCACCAGUUGAAGGUGAUGACUUUAACCUGGGUUUGUCCAUGAUGAUGCUCAUCAUCGAUGCCAGCGUGUAUGGCGUUCUCACCUGGUACAUAGAGGCUGUGCAUCCAGGAAUGUAUGGGCUGCCCCGUCCAUGGUACUUCCCCCUGCAGAGGUCCUAUUGGUCAGGCAGUGGACGUGUUGAGACCUGGGACUGGCCAUGGUGUGGAGGCGGGGCUGCCAGGCUCAGUGUGAUGGAGGAGGAUCAGGCUUGUGCGAUGGACCAGCGAAGAUCUGAAGAGAUGCGGGGCAUAGAGGAGGAGCCCAGCCACCUCCCAUUGGUGGUGUGUAUAGACAAACUGACCAAGGUGUACAAGACUGGCAGCAAACUGGCCCUCAACAAACUGAGCCUCAACCUCCAUGAAAACCAAGUGGUUUCCUUCCUGGGACACAAUGGCGCUGGCAAGACCACAACCAUGUCCAUCCUGACAGGCUUGUUCCCACCCACCUCUGGCUCUGCCACUAUAUAUGGUCAUGACAUCCGCACAGAGAUGGAGCGUAUUCGUCAGAACCUUGGCAUGUGUCCCCAGCACAACGUCCUGUUUGACAAGCUGAGUGUGGAGGAGCACCUGUGGUUCUACUCCAGACUCAAAGGCAUGGCUGAAGAAGACAUUCGCAAGGAGAUGGACAAGAUGAUUGUUGACCUAGAGUUAUCAAACAAGCGUCACAGCUUGGUGCAGACUUUGUCUGGUGGGAUGAAGAGGAAGUUGUCUGUGGCCAUUGCCUUUGUUGGUGGCUCCAGGGCUGUCAUCCUGGAUGAACCCACAGCAGGGGUGGACCCCUACGCCCGCAGGGCCAUUUGGGACCUCAUCCUCAAGUACAAACAGGGUCGUACAAUUCUUCUGUCAACCCACCAUAUGGAUGAAGCAGACCUCCUGGGAGAUCGCAUUGCCAUCAUCUCACAUGGGAAACUUAAGUGCUGUGGCUCACCACUCUUCCUGAAGAGCACCUACGGAGAUGGAUACAAACUGACUCUGGUCAAAAAGCAGAGUGAAGGCAGAGGCCAGGGCAGCCUGCUGGAGCUUCCCUCUUCUCUGUCUCCGUCCUCUUCUCUGUCACCUUGCUCAGAGGCUCGGGUCACCCAGUUUAUUCGCCAGUUUGUGGCAUCCUGCCUACUGGUGUCUGACUCCAACACUGAGCUGUCCUACGUUCUGCCCUCCGAGGCUGUAAAAAAGGGCUGCUUUGAGAGGCUGUUCCAGGCUUUAGAGCAGAGCUUGGAUAGCCUGGCCCUGACCAGUUUUGGGGUGAUGGACACCACCCUGGAGGAGGUCUUCCUCAAAGUGUCUGAGGAGGACCAGUCACUGGAAAACAGUGAUGCUGGUGAGACCUCUCCUGUGCCUCCAGACAUGAAAGGUUCUCCAGGGGGCAGCUCAGUGGGGAAAUCCUCAGUGGGUUCAGGAGGCCAGGGGGGGUCACAGGGUGAGACUGGACCUUCAGUGGAGAGUGAAAAGCUGGAGGUGGAGCUGAGUAAUCUGGUGAUGUGCUCCAGGAUGAGCCAGAGCCAGUCCUCCCUGAAAUCCUCCUCAUCCAUCGGCUCAGUUAGGGGCGAUGAAGGGGGCCUCUAUGCAGACUACUAUGGAGAUUACUGUCCGCUCUUUGACAAUGGCCAAGAGUCUGACUCUGCCAGCCUGAGGGGUCAUGCAGAGAACCCCUUGUCCCCAGAGCCCAAAGUCCAGGAGGGGCAAGGUAGCUUCAAGUUGGAGGGUUGGUGGUUAAAGCUAAGUCAGUUUCAUGGCCUAAUUGUGAAGAGGUUCCACUGCGCCAAGAGGAAUACCAAGGGCCUCUUCUCACAGAUCCUCCUACCUGCUUUCUUCGUUUGUGUGGCCAUGACUGUGGCCUUAUCUGUGCCUGAGAUUGGAGAUUUGCCCCCCCUGAUCUUGUCCCCAUCUCAGUAUCAUAACUAUACACAACCUAGAGGCAAUUUCAUUCCCUACGCCAAUGAAGAUAGACCCCAGUACAGAAGUAAGCUGUUGCCAGAUGCCAGUCCACAGGUGAUCAUCAACACUCUCCGUCUGCCCUCUGGGGUGGGUGCUACCUGUGUCCUCAAAACCCCCUUUAACAGCACCCUGGACCAGCUGGCCCAGACCCUCAAUCCUAGUGCCAACAACUCCAAGACCCUGGCUGCCCGCUACUUUGACUCCAUGUGUAUGGACUCCUUCACACAGGGGGUCCCCCUCUCAAACUUUGUACCCCCACCCCCUUCACCAGCACCUUCAGAUGACCCAGACCCACGCUUUGAGGAUGGACUGUGGAACUUCACAGUUGCCCCUCCCACUACAGUCCAUGAGCCUGUGACAUCUCCUCCCACCCUCCCCCUGUCCAUCCAUGAGCCGGUCCGUUGUACCUGCUCCAUGCAGGGGACAGGCUUCUCCUGCCCCAGCGGGGUGGGAGGACGGCCCCCACUCAUGAAGGUGGUGACAGGUGACAUCCUGGUGGACAUCACAGGCCGCAACGUCUCUGAGUAUCUGCUCUUCACAUCAGACAGACUACGGCUGCACAGAUAUGGUGGUUUAACAGUGGGAAACAUACAGAAAUCAAUUCCAGCAUCCUUUGGAAGAAAGAUACCUCCAAUGGUUCGUAAAAUAGCUGUUCGGGGAGCAGCUCAGGUUCUGUACAACAACAAAGGUUACCACAGCAUGCCAACGUAUCUGAAUGUCCUCAACAACGCCAUCUUGCGUGCAAACCUACCUGCAUCCAAAGGCAACCCUGCUGCCUAUGGUAUCACACUGACAAACCACCCAAUGAAUCGAACCAGUGCCAGCUUAUCUUUGGACUACUUGCUCCAGGGGACAGAUGUGGUGAUUGCCAUCUUUAUUAUUGUGGCCAUGUCUUUUGUGCCAGCCAGCUUUGUGGUUUUCCUGGUUGCAGAGAAAUCCACAAAGGCCAAGCACCUGCAGUUUGUCAGUGGCUGUGACCCUGUCAUCUACUGGUUGGCUAACUACAUAUGGGACAUGCUGAACUAUCUGGUACCUGCCACAUGCUGUGUUAUCAUUCUGUUUGUGUUUGACCUGCCAGCCUACACCUCUCCAACUAACUUCCCUGCUGUCCUCUCCCUUUUUCUUCUUUAUGGGUGGUCCAUCACUCCCAUCAUGUACCCAGCAUCCUUCUGGUUUGAGGUUCCCAGUACAGCCUAUGUGUUCCUCAUAGUCAUCAACCUCUUCAUUGGCAUCACUGCAACUGUUGCCACCUUCCUCCUCCAGCUCUUUGAACAUGAUAAGGAUCUAAAAAGAGUAAACAGUUACCUGAAGUCCUGUUUUCUCAUCUUCCCCAAUUACAACCUUGGCCAUGGCCUGAUGGAGAUGGCCUACAACGAGUACAUCAAUGAAUACUAUGCUAAAAUAGGCCAGUUUGACAAGAUGAAGUCACCGUUUGAGUGGGACAUUGUGACUCGAGGACUCGUUGCCAUGACAUUCGAAGGCUUUGUUGGCUUCCUCAUCACCAUCCUCUGCCAGUACAACUUUCUCAGGAAACCUCUGAGGGUGCCAGUCAGCUGCCAGCCUAUAGAUGAUGAUGAUGUAGACGUGGCCUGUGAGCGACGAAGAGUGCUGCGAGGAGAUGCUGAUAACGACAUGCUGAAGAUUGAGAACCUGACAAAGGUGUAUAAAUCCAGGAAGAUGGGUCGUAUCCUGGCAGUGGACCGACUUUGUCUGGGUGUCCGGCCUGGUGAGUGUUUUGGACUACUGGGAGUAAAUGGAGCCGGGAAGACCACCACCUUCAAGAUGCUGACAGGAGAUGAGUGCACCACUGGAGGAGAGGCCUUCAUUAAUGGAAACAGUAUCCUGAAGGACCUGUUACAUGUGCAACAGAGUAUUGGCUACUGUCCACAGUUCGACGCCCUAUUUGAUGAUCUGACAGCCAGGGAACACCUGGAGCUUUACACCCGCCUUCGUGGCAUUCCCUGGAAGGACCAGGAAAGAGUGGUGCAGUGGGCAUUAGAAAAGUUGGAGUUGUCCAAGUAUGCAGACAAGCCUGCCGGCACUUACAGUGGAGGAAACAAACGCAAGCUUUCCACUGCCAUUGCGCUUAUUGGAUACCCCUCACUUAUCUUUCUGGAUGAACCUACCACUGGGAUGGACCCAAAGGCCCGCAGAUUUCUCUGGAAUUUAAUCCUGGACAUAAUUAAGACUGGCCGCUCAGUAGUGCUGACAUCACACAGCAUGGAGGAGUGUGAGGCUUUGUGCACCAGACUGGGUAUUAUGGUGAAUGGCAGGUUUAAAUGUCUGGGCAGCAUCCAACACCUCAAGAACAGGUUUGGGGAUGGUUACAUGAUCACAGUGAGGACCAAGAGCAGCUCCAAUGUAAAGGAGGUGGUUCGAUUCUUCAACAGAAAUUUCCCUGAGGCCGUGCUGAAGGAGCGUCACCACACCAAGGUCCAGUACCAGCUGAAGUCAGAGUGGAUCUCCCUGGCACAAGUCUUCAGUAAGAUGGAGCAGGUGGUGGAGGUGUUGGGCAUCGAGGACUACUCUGUCAGUCAGACCACUCUGGACAAUGUGUUUGUCAACUUUGCCAAAAAGCAGAGUGACAACUUAGAGCAGCAGGAGGUGUUGCCCCCAGGUGGUGCUCAGUCCCCCUUGCAGCACAUCCUCAACCUGUUGAAGUCUCGGCCAGCCAACACAGAGCUCAAUGCUCUGAUCAGUGAGGCACCAGAGGAGCUGGAGAGUGAUGAUGAUGAAGGACUGAUAAGCUUUGAAGAGGAAAGGGUGCAGCUCUCCUUCAACACAGACACACUCUGUUGAAAUGAGCCACUUACAGAGAGACAAGGAGAGUCACAGAGGGAAUAUCCAAACCCCAAUCUGUCUGUGCUCUGAGGCCUAGGACAACAGAGCUGCUGAUUAAACCCAGAGGAGGACCAAAACUCUGCACCAUGGAAUAUGGGACCAGUAGUUCAGUAUUUCAGCCUCAAAUUCUUUAUCCCAGGAGGAACUGAGUUGUAGUCACAGCAGCGGCAAUGCUUGCAUCUCAAUUGAGCACUUUAUCCUGGAAUGUCUCCAUAUUAAUUUUCAUUGAGAAUGUAUCUCAUUAGAUGGCUGAUGGAUACAGUACGUUGGCUGCCUUUGCUAGCAACUGAACAUAUAAUUGGUUAUAUGUUAAAAACUGUGUGUUUGACACCACAGGUUACUCUGAGUUGGUUGUACACGCUCCCUGCCAAAAGGUCUCAUGUAACCAGUGUGGGCCCUUGUUGCUGUACCAAACUAGACCUGCCUUGAGAGCAUGAUGAAGCUGAUUCCCAGUGGUAGUGUAAUACAGUCUAUUUUCCUGUGGCAAGAAGAAUUGAUGAAUGAUUUAUUUUGGAUAAUGAAGCAGCUGCAGACUGAUGUGUGUGAUUUAUUUUGCAAUAACAGAGGAUUUCAUGAAAAGCACCCUGGGAAGUGCAAGGUGCGGACAUGUGUGUGAGCUGUUGGGCUUUUAUUUGAACUUAAUGCCAGAUGCACAGAGAGAAUGAACAUGGCAUGGAUAUUGUCUGGAUGGUGCCUCCCUUCUAACAACUUGUUUUGACACUGUACAAUUUGGUCUCUUUCUACUGAAUGCUGUCUUUUGUGCUUUUAACAUAUCAUUAUGUUGUAGACUCAGCCAAGAAGAUCCUCAACCGGACACAGUGUAUAAUAAUAGUAACUCCAUUGAAGGUAAUCAGCAUUCUAACUAGUCUGAAACUGAAGUGAACUCUGCUCAUGUUGACAUUGUUGACUGACAAUGACUGUACUACCAUCACUGUGAUACUUAAGAGAACUUUCAGAUCAGAAUAAUCUGUUGUCUUAACUUGGAUACAGGACAUGUUUUAUGAUUUGCAGAUGAUCUUGAAUUUUUUUAAGGAAUAUAGAGAAUUCAAAAUGUGAAAAAAUCCACAUUUUCAAAAACAUGGAUGUUUCUCUGAUUUUAUGUUGGCAUGUGGUUUUAACUGGUCUCUCUCAUGAGUUUUGUGAUAUUUGAGUUGUAACUUGUCCUGUCAAAAUAAUACUGUUUCACCACUUCUUUCACAGCUAAUUGCCAUUAUAUUUUUGGUGAUUAUUACGGCACUGCUGGGCUUUUUUCCUAAUUGAGGGAGUUAUCAUUAAACAAUAAAAACUAACUUGUAAUUUCUUGCUUGAGGGAAGUUGGUUGCUGAAAUAUUUGAAUGAACUCUAUUAUAACAUAUAGUUCAAACAAAAACAUAUUUAAAACAUAUUUAAGACCAUAGCACUGAUCUUUGUGUUCUCAGUGGAAUGGCAUUGAGUUUAAUUUGGAUCUUUCUGUUAUUAGAAAAAAUCAACGCUUGUAACUUAUUUUCAUUAAAAUGGUAAAAGGAAGUAUCAGAGAUAAGCCAAAUGACACAAACAAAAAUUCAUAAAUGUAUUAUGGAGUCAAACAAUGAAGAGGUAACUCAUGUCACCAGCAACCACAAGAUUAGGUGCAAUAAUUAAAAAAUAGUAUUUAACUUUUUUUCUAUAUUUCAUAUGGAUGUAUGAGUGUAUUUUUAGGGACAUAAAGCAUCAUCAGAUUCUCAUUUGGACAAAACAUCUGAAGUUAGCGUUGAAACUUAUGUAUGAUUAAAUCAGUUGUUUCUGAA